GCAAUCGUUUUGACUAACUUUAUCGAUGUGCUUGGAGAGAGGAGCCCCACCCCACCCCGAUCAUGGAGAUAUACGACAUGGCGGUAUUCCAGCGUUUAGUUUGGGGUUCAGGGAGAUAUAAGUUUCCCUUUCCUUCUUUUUUAAGCGUUUUGAACUUUCGAGCAAACGAGCUGGGAACUGGAAGAAACUAAUUUCAGCAUCGCAGCCAACAGAUCCCUCUGUGCGCCUUGCGCGUCUCCUCCGCGGCUCUUGCUUUGGGAGCUGAGAUCCGGCCUUCUAAGGGUUAAAAUGAGCUCCACAGGAUUCCUAGAGCGGGAGGAGAGCUUCGGAGCUAAGGCACUUCCGUCCAAAGGCUCUUCCGGUCCAGCCCCUCACGUGGAGGGAAGGGGCUUCUCAAGAUCUCUCCAGGGCUCCAUCAGUGGCUCCUCCUGGAAUCUGGGCGCUCUUUGGCAGAAGAGGAAGGAGUCUCUUGUAACCCGUUAUAGACUUUCCUGGAGAACAGUUCAGGGAUGGAAGAGGAAGACUCAGCUGGAAGAGGGUCUUGUAUAAUCCAGGCUGGAAGCAGUGGAGAAUUCUGGGAAAGAACAGUGUGGAAGAUUCCGGUUGAGGACACCCUCAGGUCAGAUGUGCAGCGCCACUUUUUCAGGCAUUUCCGCUACCAGGGGGCCGAGGAUCCCCGAGAGGUUUGCAGCCGCCUCCACCAUCUCUGCCAUCAGUGGCUGAAGCCAGAGCGACACACGAAGACUCAGAUCCUGGACCUGGUGAUCCUGGAGCAGUUCCUGAAUGUCCUUCCCCCGGAGAUGGCAAGCUGGGUGAGGGAAUGUGGAGCGGAGACCAGUUCCCAGGCGGUGGCCCUGGCAGAAGGUUUCCUCCUGAGUCUGGCUGCAGACAGGAAGCAGGAAGCGCAGCAGGAUUUGCCUGCAGAAGUGGCCACUGACUUCUCCAUGGUCGAGAAGGCUCCAUCAGACCCCAGACAGAAGCCACACUUCAGAUGGAUCGUACAGGAGAAUGACGGAGGGGCCACUUUGCAUGCCGAUGGAGUGAUGCCGACAAGACCUACUCAGCCGUCUCUUCUUUCUGGCAGAGGGGAGGCAGCUGCUGUGGCAUCAAAUCAGGGUCUCGUGUCCUUUGAGGAGGUGGCUGUGCAAUUCACCGAGGAGGAGUGGGCUCUGAUGGAUCAUGACCAGAGAGCUCUGCAUACGGAAGUCAUGAAGGAGAUUGCUGGGAUCGUGGCCUCUCUCGAAGUUGACAAAGGCGGUAGCUACCAUGAAAUUGCCAUCCAAAAAAACCCAGAUGGAAGACAGGAAACAAGUCAAUACCAUGUGAUUUGGAAAACUUUCAAUUCAAAACCAGAAUGUAAAGCUCAUUGCAAAAUCUACACAGGUGAGAAACCAUAUCAAUGCUUGGAAUGCGGUAAGAGCUUCAGAAAGAAGAGUUAUCUCACUUGUCAUCAAAGAAUUCACACAGGGGAGAAACCAUAUCAGUGUUUGGAGUGUGGAAAGAGCUUCAGUCAAAAGAUACAUCUCAUAUACCAUGAAAGAAUUCACACGGGAGAGAAACCAUAUAAAUGCUUGGAAUGUGGAAAGAGCUUUAUACAGAAGACAGAAUUCACUUUUCAUCAAAGAACGCACACAGGGGAGAAACCAUAUAAAUGCUUGGAAUGUGGAAAGAGCUUUAUUACUAGUUCUCACUUAAUUAGGCACAAAAGGAUCCAUACAGGUGAGAAGCCUUACAUAUGCUUGGAAUGUGGAAAGUGCUUCAUUCAGAAGAUACAGCUCAUUUACCAUGAAAGAAUUCACACGGGAGAGAAACCAUAUAGAUGCUUGGAAUGUGGAAAGAGCUUCACACAGAAGACAGAACUCACUUCUCAUCAAAGAAUUCACACCGGGGAGAAACCAUAUAAAUGCCUGGAAUGUGGAAAGAGCUUUGUUAACAGUUCUCAGUGUAUUAGGCAUAAAAGGAUCCAUACAGGCGAGAAGCCUUACAUAUGCUUGGAAUGUGGAAAGUGCUUCACACAGAAGACUGAUCUCACUUCUCAUCAUAGAAUUCACACAGGGGAGAAACCAUAUCAGUGCUUGGAAUGUGGAAAGAGCUACCAUCGGAAGACACAUCUUGCUAGUCAUCAAAAAAUUCACACAGAAGAAAAACCACAUACAUGUGCAGAGUGCGGAAAGAGCUUCAGACAUAAGACGAGUCUCACAUAUCAUCAAAGAAUUCACACCGGGGAGAAACCAUAUCAGUGCAUGGAAUGUGGAACGAGCUUCACUCGGAAGACACAUCUUACUAGUCAUCAAAGAAUGCACAUGGGGGAGAUGUUUAGUUGCUUAGAGUGUGGAAAGAGCUUCACACAGAAGAUACGUCUCACUUACCAUCAAAGAAUUCACACAGGGGAGAAACCAUAUCAGUGCAUGGAAUGUGGAAAGAGCUUCAGUCGGAAGACACAUCUUACUAGUCAUCAAAGAAUUCACACAGGUGAGAAACCAUAUCAAUGCUUAGAAUGUGGAAAGAGCUUCAGAAAGAAGACUUAUCUCACUUGUCAUCAAAGAAUUCACACAGGGGAGAAACCAUAUCAGUGCUUGGAAUGCGGAAAGAGCUUCAGUCAAAAGAUACAGCUCAUUUACCAUGAAAGAAUUCACACAGGAGAGAAACCGUAUACAUGCUUGGAAUGUGGAAAGAACUUUAUUCAGAAGAUACAGCUCACUAAUCAUCAAAGAAUUCACACAGAGGAGAGACCAUAUAAGUGCUUGGUGUGUGGAAAGGGCUUCACAGUGAAAUCAAGUCUCACUACUCAUCACAGAAUUCAUACAGGUGAGAAACCAUAUAAAUGCUUGGAAUGUGGAAGGAGCUUUGGUAACACUUCUCAUUUUAUAAUGCAUAAAAGGAGCCAUACAGAUGAGAAACCAUUCAAAUGCUUGGAAUGUGAAAAGAGCUUCAGGCAUAAGAUAAGUCUCACUUCUCAUCAAAGAACUCACACAGGGGAGAAACCAUAUAAAUGCUUGGAAUGUGGAAAGAGCUUUGGUCAGAGUUCUCAAUUUAUAAGGCAUAAAAGGAUCCAUAAAGGUGAGAAGCCAUACAAAUGCUUGGGCUGUGGAAAGAACUUCAUACAAAAGGCAGAUCUCAUUUCUCAUCAGAGAAUUCAUACAGGGGAGAAACCAUACAAAUGCUUGGAAUGUGGAAAGAGUUACAAGCGGAAGACACAUCUUAAUAGUCAUCAGAGAAUUCACACAGGGGAGAUGUUUAGAUGUUUAGAGUGUGGAAGGAGCUUCACACAGAAGACGGAUCUCACUUCUCAUCAAAGAAUUCACACAGGGGAGAAACCAUGUCAGUGCAUGGAAUGUGGAAAGAGCUUCAGUCGGAAGACAUAUCUUGCUAAUCAUCAAAAAAUUCACAUGGGAGAAAUCAUAUAAAUGUUUGAAAUGUGGAAAGGUCUUCUAUGAGAAGGUGACUUUUACUUGUCAUCAAAUAAUUCACCUGGGGCAAAAAUAUAUCAAAGCUUUGAGUGCAGAAAAGCCUUCCAUUUGAACAAAGACCCCACUACUGAUCAAAACAUGGACAUAGGGGAGAAACCAUAUGUCAAGAAAUCCUGAGGUUUUUUUGGCCUAAGAAUGUGGCUCUGCCAUGCUGAAUUAGGGGGUAAGAUCUUCUUGCUGGGAAGCAGUUUGUUCUCAUCAGCCAUGUCAUGAUGUUAUUACUGAAGCCACCUGUGAUAUCUGGGUGAGAGUGGCACUGAAGGUCCUCCACUCCUGUUAGCUGUGAGACUGCAUGCACACUGUGAGGAAAAGGUACUGGAAUGUGUUAGCCAGGGAAUCUGUUACGCUUUUUUCAUUAAGAAUUAGUCUUUUCCUUGGUCUAAUCAUGCUUUGCAUGUUGCCUCACCCCUUCCCUGACUCUUGCAACAUCUGGGUGAUGCAUUGUGCUGUUCCUAGCGGGGUCAACAUUCCUAAGGUAUGCUGGUUUCCAUGGAGCUAGGCUUAGUUUUGUUGUUUUAUAUUUUCCUAUAAUUCUCAAUACUUUUCUUAUUGAUGGCAUUUUAUAACUAACUUUUAUGGGUGCUCUGAGUCUUUUUAUGCUGUAACUCUUAAUGAGCUAUUUUUAAUAAA